GCGGGGGACGUGGGGCGCCGCGGGAGGAGGCGGCGGCAUGGGGGCAGGCGCUGGCGUCGCGCGAGCCCGGGCCGGAGCGGCGCGCUAGAGCCCUGACGUGCGCCCUUUUCUUUCUUCUUCUCGGUCUUCUCCCGGCCGCGGAAAGCAUGAGCGUGCAGACCCGCCGCUGCGGCGGCCGCCCCGGCUCCUCGCUCGCGCGUCCCCUGGCCGCCGGUAGCCGGUGAGGGCCGCGAGCGCGCGCCGAGCGGGGAAGAUGGGGGCCGUGCUGAGGAGCCUCCUGGCCUGCAGCUUCUGCGUGCUGCUGAGAGCGGCCCCUUUGUUGCUUUAUGCAAACAGACGGGACUUGAGAUUGGUUGAUGCUACAAAUGGCAAAGAGAAUGCAACGAUUGUAGUUGGAGGCUUGGAGGAUGCAGCUGCGGUGGACUUUGUGUUUGGUCAUGGCUUGAUAUACUGGAGUGAUGUCAGCGAAGAAGCCAUUAAGCGAACAGAAUUUAACAAAACUGAGAGUGUACAGAAUGUUGUCGUUUCUGGAUUAUUGUCCCCGGAUGGGCUGGCAUGUGAUUGGCUUGGAGAAAAAUUGUACUGGACAGAUUCUGAAACUAAUCGUAUUGAAGUUUCUAAUUUAGAUGGAUCUUUACGAAAAGUUUUAUUUUGGCAAGAGUUGGAUCAACCCAGAGCUAUUGCCUUAGACCCAUCAAACGGGUUCAUGUACUGGACAGACUGGGGAGAAGUGCCAAAAAUAGAACGUGCUGGAAUGGAUGGUUCAAGUCGCUCUGUUAUAAUAAACACUGAAAUUUACUGGCCAAACGGACUGACUCUGGAUUAUGAGGAGCGGAAGCUUUAUUGGGCAGAUGCAAAACUGAAUUUUAUCCAUAAAUCAAACCUGGAUGGCACAAGUCGGCAGGCAGUGGUUAAAGGUUCCCUUCCACAUCCUUUUGCCUUGACGUUAUUUGAGGACACACUGUACUGGACUGACUGGAAUACACAUUCUAUUUUGGCUUGCAACAAGUAUACUGGCGAGGGUCUGCGUGAAAUCCAUUCUAACAUCUUCUCUCCCAUGGAUAUACAUGCUUUCAGCCAACAGAGGCAGCCAAAUGCUACAAAUCCAUGUGGAAUUGAUAAUGGUGGUUGUUCCCACUUGUGUUUGAUGUCUCCAAUCAAGCCUUUUUAUCAGUGUGCUUGUCCAACUGGGGUCAGGCUUCUGGAAAAUGGAAAAACCUGCAAAGAUGGUGCCACUGAACUAUUGCUCUUAGCCCGACGGACAGACUUGAGGCGCAUUUCUUUGGAUACACCAGAUUUUACUGACAUUGUCCUGCAGUUGGAAGACAUCCGGCAUGCCAUCGCCAUAGACUAUGACCCUGUAGAAGGCUAUAUCUACUGGACUGAUGAUGAAGUGAGGGCCAUCCGUCGUUCCUUCAUAGAUGGAUCUGGUAGUCAGUUUGUGGUCACUGCCCAGAUCGUCCAUCCUGAUGGUAUUGCUGUUGACUGGGUUGCAAGAAACCUGUACUGGACAGACACUGGCACUGAUCGGAUAGAGGUGACAAGGCUCAAUGGGACCAUGAGGAAGAUUCUGAUUUCAGAGGACUUAGAGGAGCCCCGGGCUAUUGUGCUAGAUCCCAUGGUUGGGUACAUGUAUUGGACUGACUGGGGAGAAACCCCGAAAAUCGAGCGAGCUGCUCUGGAUGGUUCUGACCGAGUAGUUCUUGUUAACACUUCUCUUGGUUGGCCAAAUGGCUUAGCUCUGGAUUAUGAUGAAGGCACAAUAUACUGGGGAGAUGCCAAAACAGACAAAAUUGAGGUUAUGAAUACCGAUGGCACUGGGAGGCGAGUGCUAGUGGAAGACAAAAUCCCUCACAUAUUCGGGUUCACCCUGCUGGGCGACUAUGUUUACUGGACUGACUGGCAGCGGCGGAGCAUCGAAAGAGUACACAAACGAAGUGCAGAAAGGGAGGUUAUCAUAGACCAGCUGCCUGACCUCAUGGGACUGAAGGCCACAAGUGUUCACAGAGUCAUUGGUUCCAACCCCUGUGCUGAGGCAAAUGGAGGAUGCAGCCAUCUUUGCCUUUAUAGGCCUCAGGGACUUCGAUGUGCCUGUCCCAUUGGCUUUGAGCUCAUCAGUGACAUGAAGACCUGCAUUGUUCCUGAGGCUUUCCUUCUGUUUUCGCGGAGAGCAGAUAUCAGACGCAUAUCUUUGGAAACAAACAAUAAUAAUGUGGCCAUUCCUCUCACUGGUGUCAAAGAAGCUUCUGCUUUGGAUUUUGAUGUCACCGACAACAGAAUUUACUGGACUGAUAUAUCGCUGAAGACUAUUAGCAGAGCCUUUAUGAAUGGCAGUGCACUGGAACAUGUGGUAGAGUUUGGCUUAGAUUAUCCAGAAGGCAUGGCAGUGGACUGGCUUGGGAAGAACUUGUACUGGGCAGACACAGGAACAAAUCGCAUCGAGGUAUCAAAGUUGGAUGGACAGCACCGACAGGUUUUGGUAUGGAAAGACCUUGACAGUCCCCGAGCUCUGGCAUUGGAUCCUGCUGAAGGAUUUAUGUAUUGGACUGAAUGGGGUGGAAAGCCCAAGAUUGACAGAGCUGCUAUGGAUGGAAGUGAACGCACUACAUUAGUUCCAAAUGUGGGGCGUGCAAAUGGUCUCACUAUCGAUUAUGCUAAAAGGCGGCUCUACUGGACAGACCUGGACACUAACUUAAUAGAGUCUUCAAAUAUGCUUGGACUCAACCGUGAAGUUAUAGCAGAUGAUUUGCCUCAUCCUUUUGGCUUAACUCAGUACCAAGAUUACAUCUACUGGACCGACUGGAGCCGACGCAGCAUUGAACGAGCCAACAAAACCAGUGGCCAAAACCGCACCAUCAUCCAGGGCCAUUUGGAUUAUGUGAUGGACAUCCUUGUCUUUCACUCCUCUCGGCAGGCAGGGUGGAAUGAAUGUGCCUCCAGCAACGGGCACUGCUCCCACCUCUGCUUGGCUGUACCAGUUGGAGGUUUUGUGUGUGGAUGCCCUGCCCACUACUCCCUGAAUGCUGACAACAGAACCUGUAGUGCUCCUACUACCUUCCUGCUCUUCAGUCAGAAGAGUGCUAUUAACCGCAUGGUGAUUGAUGAACAGCAGAGUCCUGACAUCAUCCUUCCCAUCCACAGCCUUCGGAAUGUCAGGGCCAUUGAUUAUGACCCUUUGGACAAGCAGCUCUACUGGAUUGACUCUCGACAAAACAUGAUCCGAAAGGCACAAGAAGAUGGUGGCCAGGGUUUUACUGUAGUUGUAAGCUCAGUUCCAAAUCAGAACCUGGAAAUACAGCCCUAUGACCUCAGCAUUGAUAUCUAUAGCCGUUACAUCUACUGGACCUGUGAAGCUACCAAUGUCAUUGAUGUGACAAGAUUAGAUGGCCGAUCAAUUGGAGUGGUUCUAAAAGGCGAGCAAGACAGACCUCGAGCCAUUGUGGUGAACCCCGAGAAAGGGUAUAUGUAUUUUACCAAUCUUCAGGAAAGAUCUCCUAAAAUUGAACGGGCUGCUUUGGAUGGAACAGAACGGGAGGUCCUCUUUUUCAGUGGCUUAAGUAAACCAAUUGCUUUGGCACUUGAUAGCAGGCUGGGCAAGCUCUUCUGGGCUGAUUCAGAUCUUCGGCGAAUUGAAAGCAGUGAUCUCUCAGGUGCCAACAGGAUAGUGCUAGAAGACUCUAAUAUCUUGCAGCCUGUGGGUCUGACCGUGUUUGAAAACUGGCUCUAUUGGAUUGAUAAGCAGCAGCAAAUGAUUGAAAAAAUUGACAUGACUGGUCGAGAAGGAAGAACCAAGGUCCAGGCUCGAAUCGCUCAGUUGAGUGACAUUCAUGCAGUAAAGGAGCUGAACCUUCACGAAUACAGACAGCACCCUUGUGCCCAGGAUAAUGGUGGCUGUUCCCAUAUUUGCCUUGUAAAAGGAGAUGGUACUACAAGAUGCUCUUGCCCCAUGCACCUAGUUCUGCUUCAGGAUGAGCUGUCUUGUGGAGAACCUCCAACAUGUUCUCCUCAGCAGUUCACUUGCUUCACUGGGGACAUUGACUGUAUCCCUGUGGCUUGGCGGUGUGAUGGCUUUACUGAAUGUGAAGACCACAGUGAUGAACUCAACUGUCCCGUGUGCUCAGAGUCUCAGUUCCAGUGUGCCAGUGGGCAGUGUAUUGAUGGCGCCCUUCGAUGCAAUGGUGAUGCCAACUGCCAGGAUAAGUCAGACGAGAAGAAUUGUGAAGUGCUUUGUUUAAUUGAUCAGUUUCGCUGUGCCAAUGGCCAGUGUGUCGGAAAGCACAAGAAAUGCGACCACAACGUGGACUGCAGUGACAAAUCUGAUGAACUGGACUGUUAUCCAACUGAAGAGCCAGCACCACAGGCCACCAACACAGUCGGUUCAGUUAUUGGAGUAAUUGUCACCAUAUUUGUAUCUGGAACCAUAUACUUUAUCUGCCAAAGGAUGCUGUGUCCUCGUAUGAAGGGAGAUGGGGAGACUAUGACUAAUGACUAUGUGGUUCAUGGCCCAGCUUCUGUGCCCCUUGGUUACGUUCCUCACCCAAGCUCUCUGUCGGGAUCUCUUCCAGGAAUGUCUCGAGGAAAAUCAAUGAUCAGUUCCCUUAGUAUCAUGGGGGGGAGCAGUGGGCCUCCCUAUGAUAGAGCACACGUCACAGGAGCAUCGUCAAGUAGUUCUUCCAGCACCAAAGGCACUUACUUCCCUGCAAUUUUGAACCCACCACCAUCGCCUGCUACAGAGCGAUCUCAUUAUACCAUGGAAUUUGGUUAUUCUUCCAACAGUCCCUCCACACAUAGGUCCUACAGCUACAGGCCUUACAGCUACCGGCACUUUGCACCACCCACUACACCCUGCAGCACUGAUGUCUGUGACAGUGACUAUGCUCCUAGCCGGAGAAUGACCUCAGUGGCAACAGCCAAGGGCUACACCAGUGACUUGAACUAUGACUCAGAGCCUGUGCCCCCACCACCUACACCCCGCAGCCAAUACUUGUCAGCAGAAGAGAACUAUGAGAGCUGCCCUCCUUCUCCGUAUACUGAGAGGAGCUACUCGCAUCACCUCUACCCACCGCCACCCUCCCCCUGCACAGACUCCUCCUGAGGAGGGGCCCUCCUCCUCUGACUGCCUCCGCCGGGAAAUGUAAAUACACAUCUGGUUGAGAUCUGGAGGGGGGGAGGGAGCUAUAAAGCAGAGUGAGGCAGACCCUGUACAGUUAACAUUAUAAAGUGGGUGGGGUACUGGAGAUAUUUGUACAGAAGAAAAGGAUAUUUAUAUAUUUUCUUAAAAGAGCAGAUUUGCUGCUUGUGCCAUAAAAGUUUGUAUAAAAUAUAAAUUUGUACUAAAAGUUUUAUUUUUGCAAACUAAAUACACAAAGCAUGCCUUAAACCCAGUGAAAUGACUGAGCACAAAGGAAACAGGGAUAGCAGAGGCAUCACUGACUGAGAGUGUCUGGGUUUCAAUGAUACCAAAAACUAGAGGAGGAGGAGAAAGUAAUUCCAUCUCAGAGUGGCAAACUUGGAAGCAGCCAAAAUCGCCUUCAGACUAACUAACAUUUUUGAGGGUCAACAAGUUAAGAAACCAUGAAGGAAAGAAAUUAUAGUACUAAUUUUGGACAAAGGGCUUUGUUUUCUCUAGGAAUCCAACAGUUUCCUUAAGGAAAAUAGAUGCUUGUACAAUCCAUUUGAGUGUUGCUGUUGUAGGAGAUGAGGUUCUGCUGCAGGAUGCUGUGGAGCUGGUGAGAGCCCUGCCGCUGGCCCAGCUCUUGGUAGCACUAGCUGCUUUCACCUUGCUGCCUCCCCAGCAGCUUGUAGGCCAUUCUGCCGAGAGCCAUGAUUUAGUCAAGCUUUUUCAUCUGAGGGAUUGACUAAACGGAAUUUACUCAACAAGGGAUUGAUUCCAGUAUAUCUACUAUCACCAUUUGACUGAGCUUUUAAGUUGUAGGCUGUUUUUGCAUAAUCAAAAGUUAGCCAUAUUAUUGGUCUUCCAUGAUUGUUUUAAUGUUCAUUAAAGUGUCUUUUUACAACACUUAUAGACAAUGCUUAAAAAAAUCACGAAUGUUAUAUUCUUGUAAAUUAGUUUUGUAUCCUUGCAGCAUACAAUAUCACAGUGUGAAAUCAUUUAAUGUAUGUUUUUUGAGUAAAACAUUUAAAUGUGCUCUGGUUAGAAGCAGUCUAUUUAAAAAGAAGGUUUUUUUGUUUUGUUUUGUUUGUGUUGUUAGGUUUCCCUAUAUUAACUGUGUGGUGUUUUCACUUUCUGUGGACCAGCUUUCCUGAGUGACGUUUCCCGCAUACCUCUGUUAGUGUGGUGGGAGGCACCUUCUUGGCAGGCACUGUGAAUGUUUUCACACGGUCCACAGUCUCUUCUUACAGUCACCUGUGUUUCUGUGUUCUCUCUUGUCCCAAUCUGGACUAAGAUAAUCUCACAAAUGUAACAGUGUGGGUUAAAUGAGAAGACUCACUGUGAACUUCUCAGCUGCAGGAACUUGAGUGGUGGAGACUAAUGGAAGUCUCUUCUGACACAUGCCUGCCCUGCUGUCAUGAUGGUCCUGAGCUGCUACCUCUGUCGCUGUCAGGGCUGUCCAGACAUUAGUGUCCUGCUUUCUUUGUUGUCUAGCACUCCUCGCUACAGUUGAGCUGUUUCUAACCUAGUGUGCUUUUACCUAAGCAGCUGUUGAUUACUUAUUGAAUAUAUUUUUAAAUUAUAUAUUGAUAUGAGGCUUCUGGAUUUUAGAGCCUAAGUGAAAACAAUAGAAAGAAAUGAUUCCAGAAUUUUGGCAGAGUUUAAUUAACUUAAAAAACACAGGUACGUUUUUAAAGAGAAAACCAAAUCUUUCAAGAUAAUGCUUAUAUUGGGGACAGCUUAGUCAGAAUCAGGGCACUUAUCUUGUGUAUAAGUAAAUGGCAAUCCAUGCAUGUCUUGAAUUUCAGUCAGAUAAGCAUUAAUUCUUCCUGUUACUGAAACGAAGUGCUCGGCGUCUAAGACAGAAUGGGUCUUGAACUCACCUUCUGUGACGGCGCGGGGCACUUGACGCUUGAGUGAAGAUGGGAAGGUCAUCCAUGACUGGGUGUCAGUUAGAAUUUGAGAAUUCUAUGUUUACAUUUUAAUGUGCAUCUUUAUCUGGUGGGCUUCCCAUGUAGAGACUUGCACUAUAGUGAGCUAAGAAGGAUGCUGCCUUGUUUCAUCUCAGUCCAAGUGCUUGUGCUGCGAUGGCAAUGGCCUCUUCUUGCAAAAUACAAAUUUGUGUGCCAAUUUGUUGAAAUGAUUUGAAGGCAGUUCAGGUUAAUCUCAGUAUCCUCUUUCUGGGGCAGCUGAGUUGUAGUGAGUACUUCUGAGAGUAUUUUUUAGUGAGAUGGUUAUUAAAUUUGAGAAAGAUAAGGAUACUCAAGUUACAUGGACAGUUAAGUUUAAGUAAACUAUGUCGUAAUUAUUGAACAUAAAAAAAUAAGGAAAAAUAAACUUAUGAGAACACAAAUUGGGGAAAAGGGAAAGUUUUAAAUUAGGAUAUAUCUAGAUUAUUUAAGAGGAAACAUGAAUACAAUUUGAUUAGAUUCCAUAGUUUCUUGGCUAUUUGUUUUGAGCUUGUAUCUUAAAGUAUGCCUAUUUACUGAUAGAACAUUUUGUAUACUGCAGCAAGCUUUUCUGCACUGCAAUCUUCUAUAACUAGGAUUCAGACACAAGCUUUUCUGCACUGCAAUCUUCUAUAACUAGGGUUCAGACAC